AUGAAUUCAAUCUUAAUCAAAAAAAUAAUUGGUUCAUCACUUCGUUUGUUACAACUUUGUAUUGCUGUUGUUCUUUUAUGUCUCAGUAUUUUUAUUGCAAAUUGGUAUGAUGAAAAUUAUAAUAUUUAUGUUGGUCAAUAUGUGUAUGCUUUUGUUGUGGGUUUAAUAACAGGUCACCAUCUACUUAUGAUUUUUGGAAUGAGUCAUUAUGGUAAAAUUUCAAUGUUAAAAGUGUUGAUUUCUGAUUUUGGAAUGCUUUUGAAUAAUAUAAUCUGUUUUGCUAAAGUUGUGAAUUCAAUAAAGCAAAAUUGUUCAGAUAUCACUUAUCAAUAUUUGGGUUCAUGUAAAAUGGAAAAAACUGUGUUUGCAUUAGCAUUGACAAAUACAAUUUUGUUUACAAUUACAUUUGCUAUUUUGAUUAUUGGUGUCAUAUUUACUAAUUCACCAGGCCCAGAAGGAACGUUCGUUGGUUCACUUACCUUUAUAAUUGAUGAACAAGCAAAAAAAGAAGUUGAUCUUGAACAAGCCAACACAAAUUUUCAGGCAUUUCAAACUGAAAUGACAAGUUAUCCUCAAUCAGAGCUAAGUCAAGAAACUAAUUUUUCGAAAUUGCAUGGGUAA